AGAAAGAGGGGAGAGGGGCUGUAAUAUGGAAUCUGAUCUUUUAAUCUCAGUUGGCCGCAAUUAAAACGAACCCCGCCGUAUAACUCAAAUAUCCCUUUGCAUAAAAACAUAUGGCCUCGCUAUAAAAAUUAUGGCUGGAAAACACUGACCCAUUAAUAGCCCGCGGACUGAUUUAUACUUUAUUGUUCUGCUCCCCCGCCACGUGACAGGCGCAGCCAAUGGGCGCCUGCGCUGCCCUCAACUUAUUACUGACUCUACUUCUCCGCCAGCACCAAGUUGUUACGUGAAACCCGCAGCCCCGAACCGCGGCGGGUCCGCCGCCGCCCGCCCGCCCGCCAUGUCGGCUCCCGGGACCCUCAGCAAUUACUACGUGGACUCCUUCCUGGUGCCGGAGGGGGACGAGCUGGCGGCGCCCCGCUACGCCCCCGCCCCGCUGGGGCCGCCGCCGCGGCCGGCGGCGCUGGCCGAGCACCCCGAGCUGGCCCCCUGCAGCUUCCAGCCCAAGGCGCCCGUCUUCGGCCCCCCCUGGAGCCCCGCGCACCCCGCCGGCGCCAGCGGCGUCCCCGCCGUCUACCACCCCUACGCGCACCACCAGGCGCCCGUGGCACCGCCCGACGGCAGGUACAUGCGUUCGUGGCUUGAGCCUGUGCCGGGCUCCUUGUCUUUCCCCGGGUUACCUACCAGCAGGCAUUACGGCAUUAAACCUGAACCGCUGGCGGCCAGGAGGGCUGACUGUACCACGUUUGACACUCACACUUUGUCUCUCUCUGAUUAUGCUUGUGGUUCUCCUCCAGUUGAUAGGGAUAAGCAAAGCCACGAAGGCGCAUUCUCUGAAAGCAAUGGAGAAAGUGAGGCAAACGGAGAGAAACCGCAGAUCGAUCCAAAUAAUCCAGCUGCAAACUGGCUCCAUGCAAGGUCCACCAGGAAAAAGCGAUGCCCUUACACCAAGCAUCAGACACUGGAACUGGAGAAGGAGUUUCUGUUCAAUAUGUAUCUCACUAGGGACCGUAGAUACGAGGUGGCCAGACUCCUCAAUUUAACAGAGAGACAAGUGAAAAUCUGGUUUCAGAACCGAAGGAUGAAAAUGAAGAAAAUCAACAAAGAUCGAGCGAAGGACGAAUGAUGGCGACACGUGGGUUAAAAUGAAAGUG